GACACAGCGCAGCACACCAUCAUCAUCAUCAUCGUUAUUAUCAUCAUUACUAUAUCACCAGCAUCACCACCAAAUCCAUUGACUGCCCACACCACAUCUCGCUUUCAGCCUCAUCACAACGGCAGCGACCACAGCGACGACCAAGCACACUGUCGAAUCGCCUGCGGACCCCUUGCUUCUUCACCUUGCUCGCCGAGACCAACUUCCCCUGUAAAUAAUUACAACUGCGACGACCACCAUACAAAUAGAACUUUCCCGCGAGAUUCUACUUGCCCGUAUGUGCCGACAAUCAAAUGAGACUUGAUGAUAGAUCGCUGCACCGUUGAAAAUCGCCACCGGCAACAUGGCCGUUGGUGAUGAAGCCAGCCUCAGGCCUACCAACAGUCUGCUCCUCCAAGACAGCUGCAAACACUAUCGAACCCAGAUCUCGCCGAUACAUUGGCAGCUUCGGUCCUUAAUCAGCGCCGAGGGAGAUGGCAUGGUCUACUUCCCCGCCGGCAUCAACAACACCCACAUCACCCGCCUCGAUACCCGCACCCGUGAGUGUGAAACCAUCAAGGUCAUCAGCUUCCAUCCUAGGUGUCUAGUCGCUAGCGGUGGUUGGAUAUGCUGCGGCGGGGAGAAUGGCGAAUUCGCAAUCAUCCGCGAAACCACCGCCACCGCCACCACCCGUAAUGCCGAUGGCUUGACUGCUUCGGCUACCGCCGCCGCCGCCGCCGCCAUUGUUUCCGCCUCCGAAGAUGCCCUGGACCAGGAUGCCCGGCGCACUCCAUCAUCAUCGUCAUCAUCAUCCGGCCCCGCCCACGUCACCGAGCCUUCCAUGACCGAGCUGCGUCGCGAUAUGCUUAGUCUCGUCGAGCAGAUGAGCGGCUCUGCUAAGACUUGGUCUGCUUCAAACCACAAAUUCGGCACCCAGCGCGUCAACUGCAUCACCAUUUGGCGGCCGCCCGAGUCACUUUUGGAAGAGCCACGUCCCGACCGUUACAACUCACCCAUGGCCAUCUUAGCCAAUAAUGAUAAAACGGUGACCAUUGUAAGCCUAGAAGACUCGGAGGCCGUAGACGAGUUGGAAUACCCUGAUUGUGUAAAUCGUGGUGUCAUCUCUCCAGAUGGUAGCAUUCUCGUGGCAAUUUGUGAUGAUCCAUUUCUCUAUGUCCAUGUCCGUCACACCCUUCAAGGGAAGAGGGGGGGACCUUACGAGUGGCUACAACUCCCCCGGAUACGACUCAAGGACCAAUCUGUGCGAGAUACGUCAGAUUGUCGAGGUAGCUUUGCUGCUUGCUUCUCUCCUUCGGGCAGGUACUUGGCUGUGGGCACACAGUACGGCACUAUAUCAAUAUUCGAUGUCACGGCAUUCCCCGACCUAGACAGAGACCCCCUAGUUACCUACUUCAGUUCAGCGCGGGCGCCCAGUGAUUGUGGCGCAGUGAGGGACAUGGCCUUCUCACCCGGCCCGUAUGAUAUGCUCGCGUGGACCGAGCACCGUGGCCGUAUAGGGGUGGCAGACGCUCGCACCAAUUUCACGAAACGCCAGAUCAUUUCCUUGGAGGAUCAUGACUCGUUUGACCACUUCUCUCUCAAUGAGCGCAACACAACUAUCGACCCCCGUCUCCUAGACCCCCGAAGUGAACGCAGUGUGACAGCUUUGUCGUCCACACCCAGCCUUCUGGGUCCGUCGGGCCGGUUGCAGUCCAUCAUCGACUCUCCCGACACGUCGAGGUUGAAUCAGCCCUUUUCUUCCGAGGAAACAGCCAUUUUGGAGGCCGUACAGAGCGACCGGAGGCGGCGGGAGGCGCGGGAACAGAGAGAUCAGAGAGAUCCACCAACGGCACGAGGUAGCGGUGCCUGGAGAACCUCCGUCUUCGCCGAGCGCGUAAGUCCCCAGCCGAGGACACCCGGUGUUGCACGGGAACGUGAUCGGGAAUUCUCUGACAGGUUGCGUUAUCUGACGUCUCUCCAGCGUGAUACGCUGAUGCGAAUCUUCGAGCGCGAACAAAGCCGUGAGAACCGCGACCAUCAGCGCUCAGCUACGACGCAGACACCGCCCGAGCAAGAUCGUGAGAGACGGGCUCCUACGCCACGGAGAAGAAAUUCCGUUAUGCAAUCUCUGGCCCAGAGUGCCGACGCUGCGACAAGAUUACAACGUAGUAUGGUUAACGGCGAGGGUUCCAGUUCCCGUGAUUAUUCUUCUGCGUGGGGGCAAUCUGGAAGAAGUACCUCGGGUUGGGCCGACCUAGAGGCGCUGUAUAACAUAUCCGGCGGCGGCGGUGACGGUACCUCAGCCCAUGAUGCAACGCGGACUGAGACGGGCAGAAUACGACGCGCCAUCCCCAUCAUCGGUGAUGUCUGGAACGAUGAUAUUUCUGGCUUUCGUCGCGCGUACGGUCGUGUACGCAAUCGUGAGCAUGAACAGCGUCCGGAUGACACAGCAGGUCUGAGCUGGAGCGAAGACGGCCGCACGUUGUAUAUUGGAGCUGAAGAUGGUAUAUACGAGUUCCAUAUGAAUAUUCUUAGCAGAAAGCUUUUUCCAGCUGUCAUGCUCCGCUAAUGCUGGUCCUCCACCACGCUUCGAUUUUCACGUUACUCACAGGUAUGGAUAAGCACGGCGGCAAAUACGGUGUUUUUGGCGUAAAUAAGCAUAGCAAACGAGAGGGCUGUACAGAUAGCAGGGGCUGAACCACCACAUCUCACACUCAGACACGAAUGUCAGUUGUGAGACUAAUAAGUUGGAAGAACGUGAUUGGCCAUGCUCACUCUCUCGAGAAAAGUCACAUGGAUUAAGUUGUUGAUUCUUGGUUGUUUCAGGCGGGGAAUUAAAUCUAGCCGCCCACAGAUGAGAAGCGGGCUGGUGUUCCCUCUGUGUCCUUACCCUCAUCUUUCUCUCUGUCUCUCUCGGUUUGUGGGGGUGUGUGUGUACCUCUCCUUUCAGUUGAUUAAAUGGGGAGUCCUCGUUGAACUUAGUGGUACUACAUACAUAUACCUCAAAUAUACCCAGUUUCCUAGUUUACU